GAGAUAUCACCAUCUCUCUCUCCCCCACUCUCUCUCUCUCAGCCUAUCUUUCUGCUGAAUGAAUGCUGAUUUAGCCCUUCCCUCCGGUUAUUUCUCCUUUGAACAAUACAGAAGGUCAAGGAAACUCAUUCUCACCAGUGGAUAAGAACUCUCCUAAGUCCUAAUCCACUCCGCCAAUUGAGGAAUCAACUGAUCAUGCCCAAUCUCUCUUUGGAAAAGAGAGAAGUUAUCGUCAAAUCUCAGUUUAUUUCUUAGAAGAGAGAAAGCUUCAAUCUUUUAUGCAUCAACAACACGUUCUUUUGACUAAAUGGGUCUCCUAAAUAUAUGCUGUUUUCUAUAAUCUUACCCAGUUUUGAAUUACAGAACUUAGAAUUUUCUUCAACAGUUAUAUACUGUGCUUGCACUGUUCAUGAACUAUUUGAGGGAGAUAGAGGGUAAAAGAGCUCAUGAUCGUCGUUCCAAUGAAACCAUGACGCAAUCUCCGAGACGUGUAUGGGUCCCCGGACCGGUCAUCGUCGGCGCUGGACCGUCAGGGCUAGCGGCAGCAGCUUGUUUGAAGGAAAAAGGGGUACCAAGUGUAAUUUUAGAGAGAUCUAACUGUAUAGCUUCUCUGUGGCAGCUCAAGACAUAUAAUCGCCUUCGUCUUCAUUUGCCUAAGCAAUUCUGUGAGCUACCUCUCAUGGCCUUCCCGGAGGAAUUUCCCACUUACCCUACUAAGCAACAGUUCAUUGAAUACUUGGAAGAUUAUGCGAAAAGAUAUGAGAUCAAGCCUGAGUUUGACCAGAAGGUGGAGAGAGCUGAGUAUGAUCAGAGUCUUGGGUUUUGGAGGGUGAAGAGUGUGGGGUUGAAGGAGGAGGAGACGGAGUACAUGUGCCGGUGGUUGGUGGUGGCGACGGGGGAGAAUGCGGAGGCUGUGGUGCCGGAGAUUGAAGGGAUGAAGGACUUUGGAGGGAAAAUAGUGCAUACAAGUUUGUACAAGAGUGGUGACGAUUUUAGAGGGAAGAGGGUUUUGGUGGUUGGCUGUGGAAAUUCAGGAAUGGAGGUUUGUUUGGAUCUCUGCAAUCAUAAUGCCAGCCCUUCCCUUGUUGUCAGAGAUACAGUGCACAUCCUACCACAACAGAUGCUGGGAAGAUCAACUUUCGGGCUGUCCAUGUGGCUGCUCAAGUGGCUGCCCAUGCGACUUGUCGAUCGCCUUUUAUUGAUUGUGUCGUGGCUAAUGCUCGGUGACACUGCCAGAUUUGGCCUCGACCGGCCCCAAUUGGGGCCUCUUGAGCUCAAGAACUUGUCCGGAAAGACGCCGGUGUUGGACGUUGGGACGUUGGCCAAGAUCAAAAGUGGAGACAUCAAGAUAUACCCAGGCAUUCAGCAAUUAGAACGUUACACCGUGAAAUUCGAGAAUGGCAUAAAAGAAAAUUUUGAUGCAAUCAUUUUGGCAACUGGUUACAGAAGCAAUGUGCCAUUCUGGUUAAAGGAGAAAGAAAUGUUUUCAGAGAAAGAUGGACUACCUCAAAGACCAUUUCCAAAUGGGUGGAAAGGCGAGUGUGGUUUAUACGCGGUGGGGUUCACUAAGCGUGGCCUGCUUGGUGCAUCCAUGGAUGCUAAAAGAAUCGCAGAGGACAUUAAACGGUGUUGGAAAGCUUAGGCAAAGCAUUUCAAUGCCUUCUCUCCCUUAUUUUCGUCGCAAUCAUAGAGUUGUUCCCUUUAGACAGUAUAGGUUUGAUUGAAGAGAA